AUGGGGAAACGAGCUUCAAUCGAUGCCGACGGAGCUGCUGCCUUCCGAAAGCGGCAGAAAAUCACCCACGAUGUUCCUACCGGCGAGGAUGUGAGCUCUGGAGAGCAGCUCCGAAGCCUCCUCUCGUUCGACCAAGACAUGCGCCGAGCAAGACAUGGUUUACAAUCCUUCAAAAGACUGCUUGACAACAUUGUUUCCGGUGAUGGUGAUCGACCUGCGAAUCUCGGCACUCUACGAGAAUAUCUCGAAUUGGUCAAACCGAGGCUGGAGGGCGAGGAUGCCGUCUUUCUGAGUGACAUCAUGGAGAUGUGGUCGUUUGCUGCCCAGGUGAAUGACGGCGGUGUCAUGUCCUCUGUGGCCGUUGUCCUCGCACUCGUGCUAAAUGUCGUCUCGGACUCGUUGGAGCUUGUCAAGCACGGACUUGGUAUCUGCCAGUCGCUUGUCCAAGAUCGUCAGCUCAAGUCGAUAUCGAAGAAUCUGUCAUCGGACAAGACAAAAGGCUUCAUCAUAUCGCCCACACUGCGCCUGCUUCGAGAAGCUGUAUCUCUGGAUGGAGGCGCCUACGCCAGACGGAUAGUUCGCGCCAGAACUUUUACCCUCGCGUCGCUUGGCAGGAAUUUGGAGAUUGGUAACACUGGAGACAAUCAAGGGGACUCUCGCAAAUCAACAGUGAGAACAAAUGCUGUCCGGUUCUUCUUGAGCUGUCUCAAGUAUCUGCAUUCUGACGGCAGAAAAGAGCUGCUCUCUCAAAAAGAACUGCUGUCGCAUUUAACGUUCAUGAUCAAGAGCGACCCCUCAUCCCUUGUUCUGGAGAUUUUGGACGGUUUCAAGACUCAUGUGUUGGCGGACAGCAAAAUCUCUCGAGAGAUCAAGUUCAAGUCCUUCAACACCAAGACUCUGAUGCGAAUUCUAGCUCUCUAUAGCUACUCUAACAGCACAGAAUCAGAGAGUGAUGUCGAUCGAGUGAGCGAAAAGGCCCACGAGUUCCUCAUGUACGUCUGCACCAAUCCCGGUGCCGGAAUCCUAUAUCCGUCUACAGGCCUUUACCCUAAGGAGACGAAUGAGGAGUUUUCAGUGCAGCUCGCCAAACAAAAGGGCUCAGCGCACAGCACUUUGGGCAAAGACGAUACAUAUCGCGAUGGCGUCUCCGUUUUCAAUUUUGUUCUAUCCGAAUUUGCGGCGAAGCUGCGUCCCUGGUCUAGCAUGAAGCACAGCCAGCUAUUGACAGCGAUAUUCGAAGCUGCCCCAGAACUCAUAUCAAACUACUUUUUCAACAACCAGUCGUUCACUUUUGAGCCAAAGCUGACAAUGACAUGGAUCGGAUAUGCUUCGUUUCUCUUCGAUACGAUGAGGAUCCCGCUUCCCCCUUCGUUCGGCGACAAGACACGCUUUGCCCUUGGCCCUCCGCCUACGUCUGUCGUCCUGGACAAUAUCUUACCACUACCACUAAACCAAAAGGUUAUGAUUCGGUGCCUUUCGCCCAACUCAAACCUUACAUCUUUCUUUGCGACAAGGAUGCUAGUUGAAGCGCUGGAAAAGCUCUCGGUAGCCAUCAAGCUGCAUGAAGAGGGCUUCCGGGCAACAGACGCUCGGUGGUCCGAGGCAGCUCGAAGGUUGAUUGAUGCAUUCUGCAGACGCAUCCCAGACAUGAAAGAGAUUGUGCGAAGCUACAAGAGCAUACCCAGUGAGAAUGCAUUGCAUAAAACCAUGGCCAGCAGGCUUCUUCAUUUGUAUUAUGAGAUGAUUCCACAAGUAGCGCUGGCUGCAAACUUUGACGUCUCGCCCUUCUUCGUCAGCGUUCUACGGAGCUUACAGGAUGGCAACUCGGACCAGCAGCACGACGGGUUCCGUGAGAUGGAGCUGGAGAACCUAGUGUCGAUGGCCAGCUACUCUCCCGGUAUGCGAUGGUUUGCGAGAAUUGAGAUUCUCGCCGGCAAAGGCCCAUCAUCGCCAUUCACCGCACUCCUUAAGCUCCUUUCCAGCAGCGAUCGGAUUGCACCCCUUCAUCAGCUGAAAAAGGUGCUUGGAGAUGUUGCUGUAGAAAAUCAGCUCGUUUCCCCGGCUACCAGACUAAAACCUCUUCUUCAAGCCCUUGCAUUGAGCAUAGACGAAAAUAGUCCGGAGAAUAUGGACAAGGUCUGGUCUUUCUUGGAUAACUGUAUUAGCCGUUGCGCUACUUCGCCAAUCAAAUACCUCGACGUGCUUGAGAACUAUCUUGUUGGUGGGAAGGGCGAGACACAAGCAACGACUGAUGAUCGCAGCUUCAAUCUGCUUGCCGUCGCCAUAGCGGAACAGCUACCCUUCAUCAUUAACUCCGCAGAUGCCAAAGAGCGUGAUUCACUAUCAAGCUUCAUAUCCCUCUAUUUCAGCGCAUUAUAUAAGAAAAAGGGAAGCGAUGCCCUUAAACGAGUCUACAUAAACAUUGAAGAGUGCUUCUCCUCUCACUCUGUCAAGCUUGCAGGCUUGGGAACGCGAAAGAUACCCAAAUCCUCAUCUGGCGAAGACGAUGACCAAGGGGAGACCAGAGAAAGCGCUCAACAGAAAGAAGGUGUAUUGGACCAGGCAAAGCUCGAAGAAACGCUGCACAUUCCAUUUGCAAGCUCUGAAGAUACCAGCGUUCUUCUCAAGUGGCACAAUAAAGCCGUCGAGGAUCUCAUUGAAGACGGCUUAAUUACAAGCCUGAUUCGUCUCCUCGCGUCAGAGCACAUCAACAUCCGCAAAGAGGCCUUGACAAACAUCCUCAAGAUGGCCGCGAAAAUCGACGAAUCGGCCUACGAAGAGAAGAAGCAGGUCUGGCUGCUCCUGUCCGAACUGGCCGAAUCCUCGCGGCCACAGGUCGACAACGGGCCCGUCCCGUCCGCAUUCAUCGCCUUUUCCAUCCACGCGCUCGACAUCCUCAAGAGCCCGCUCCACCCGCUCUACCCAAAAAUCAACGGCUUCCUGACGCGCAGCCCCGUCUGGUCGCCCGAGAAGCUGCCCCUGGCGCACGACAUCCUGCACGGAGAGCCCUCGGAGGACGACAAGUACUACACCGAAAUCGCCUGGUUCCUGACGUACGUGCUCGACGCCCUCAAGACCCCCUUUGACCUGGGCGUCUUCCACAAGAAGCGCUGGCUCGAGAAGAUGCUCGCCCUGGGCAGCAACCCGUAUCUUCGCUCCAACCUUCGCAUCCGCAUCCUCAGGAUCGUGUACCGCGCCACUUGCAUCGACUCCGGCAGCACCACGCUCAUCACUAGAUUCGGCCUCCUCGCGUGGCUCGACGCUCAGCGAUCUGCAUGCGGAGUUUCCGACGACGCCCACCUCUACAAGGCACUGAUGGAGCGGGCGUGGAAGACGUGUGACCAGACAAGAGUCAACGCAUGGAGUAAAGGGGGGGUGGAAAAGCUACUGGAGAACCUGCAGUUGCAACAGUGA